GUGUCUUGCGGCAAGUGCGGCAACGGGCUUGGCCACGAAUUCCUCAACGACGGGCCGAAGAGGGGGCAGUCCCGCUUCUGAAUAUUCAGCAGCUCGCUGAAGUUCAUCCCAAAAGGUACAGGCUGCGGCUUGGCAGCUGGUUUAGCCAACGUAGUUAUUUUUGGGGAAGCCGCUGAUAGCCAGGCCACGCUGUGCGCGAUGCGCUGCUUUCGGUGGGGCGUAGCUGGCCGUUCAG